GUGCUUUGUUGCCAUAGCGGGGCCGGCCAUCUGUAAGUAAGUGUGAGCGCGCCCCACUGGCUAGCUAAUGGCCGCCAACACCGUAGUGACCUAUGGUCCCGACCGACGGAGUAAGUGUAGCACCCCACCCCCAGGUUCCCUCCACAGUUAACACUUUUAGCUCUGUCAGCACUGUCGCCGCUGUUUACACUGGUAGCACCGCUAGCUGCUAGCCGCCGGCUCAGUUGUCGCCAUGUUGAGAGCUGCAUGGAGGCAAUUGAGGCAUUGGAUUUUGAAUUUGGCACCUUUGACAACACCUCCUGAUGCUCUGAAGGUAUUUCCAGAAUCCUCAGAAACUAUAGCCUACCUGGAUAAAGAAAAAAUACUCCCACCUUUUGUACAACAAAAAAAGAUUGUUAACCAGUUUUUAAUUUAUCCAGUACGGAAAUUAUAGUUGGUUAAAACACAAGCAAACUAUGAGUGCAUUAUUAUGCUUUGCAUGGUUUCCAUAUCUUAUAAACUGAAGUUACCUCCCUACCAUGGAAUUUAAACUAAACAGGACCUUCAGGAAAAUUGCAAAUUCGAUCGACAAACCGAUAAGGAUCCACUCCACAACUCCUGUGGCAAUAACUACUCUAAAAGCUGAGGUGAACAGUUUCAAUUUAUCCGAUGAAAACCGAGAUGAGUUGUGGCCAGGUGAGGCAGGCAGCCCCACAUUUCCCCCUUUUCCCAUGGGACGCGAAUGCAACAUCAUUCUAGUCCGUUUUGGCACGAUUUUCGCUCAGUUUCCCUGCGCGUUAUCACUCUGCUGUCUUGUGCGCGAGUGGUUAAUCCCAUUUAGACAGAGAACGCCCUCACACACGAGAUGCUUCAGCACAAAGUUGUCUCAUUCUGACAGACGAUGUAAUUUGUGCAGGAUUUGUUUACACCUGCAGUAGGCCUAAUCAUCUCACUGAGAUAAAUACUCAAAAUAUUGGAAACAUCUCGGAUAAAUACUUUAUUUUGGACAAAUUCGACAGGGGACAGUUUGACAAUCGGGUCCGCCGGCUCCUCCUAAAGAAUGAAUAAGUGCUAUAGCUGUCCGUCCAGCGUUUCCAUGCAACAGCGCAGGCGGCUGUGACGCCAGGGGAUACACGCGGGAGGACACACGCGGGAGGGAUAGAUGCUGUAGCGGAGAGAGCGUCGGCACGGUAUAGACCUGGACCCGGAGCGGCUUUUUAAACCAGAUGGAGCGACAGGAUGACGGAGACGACGAGCUGUUUGGGAGCGUAAAUCACCGCGAUGGCGCAGAGGAACCCGGUUCUCCUGCCCUAGCCCGUGAACGCUCAGGCAGCCCACAGCUGGACGUGUCUGCCACGAUGAGGAAGAGCGACUACCUGCCAAUCACUGGCGAGGAGAAGAGCCUGGAUUCCAGGAGCAACGACUCCAUACCCAUGAAACAUCUGUAUGCGGAUGAGGGCUCACCUGUGUAUCAACAGCUAGGCCCGUACUUCAACGAUGGCCAGCGGCGGGUAGACUAUGUGCUGGCGUACCAGAUCCAGAAGCCCAGCAGCAUCAAGGGCCAGUCCUCCAGCUUCGGCGACAACAACUUCGUCCGCCAGCUUCGACGCAGCAUGAGCAUCAGAAGCAGCCGUGCCCUGCUGCAGCCGAAGGAAGACCCGGAGAUCGCGGCCCAGAAGCAACCCACGGACUACCAUGAGGAUGACAAGCGCUUUAGGCGGGAAGAGUUCGAGGAAAACCUCCUGGAGAUGGGGCUGGAGCUGGAAAAGGACGAAGGGAAAAAGAUCCCAGGAAUCGGCUUCGUGAAGAUCCACGCACCCUGGAAUGUUCUGUGUCGAGAGGCUGAGUUCAUGAAGCUCAAGCUGCCGACAAAGAAGGUUUACGAGGUGAAAGAAGGCGGUAAUCUGGUGGAGAAGAUCCGACUGUUCAUUCACAAAAUCACAGCUCCUCUCCACCCAAAAGUGGACACCAACCGGCCACAAAGCGUCAAAUCCCUCUCUCACCCGUUCUCCAGGGAGAAGAAGCACCUAUUUGAUCUGUCUGACAGGGACAAGUUCUUUGACAGCAAGACCAGGAUCUCAAUAGUCUACGAGGUACUGAAGAGGACGAGAUGCAACAGAACCAAGUACCCCAUGGGGCUCACCAGUCUGCUAGCCAACGGCGACUACACGUCUGCUUAUCCUCUACACGAUGGAGACAUCGAGGGGGUGAACGCAGAACCUAACGACAGGAAGCUUCUGUACGAGGAGUGGGCCAGCUACAGCGUCUUCUACAAGUACCAACCUAUCGGACUCAUCAGGAAGUACUUUGGGGAGAAGGUCGGACUAUAUUUUGCCUGGUUAGGAGUCUACACACAGAUGCUGAUCCCUGCAGCCAUCGUUGGAGUCAUCGUAUUCCUCUAUGGAUGUGCCACUGUCGAUGAUAACAUACCGAGUAUGGAGAUCUGUGAUCCCAGGAACAACAUCACCAUGUGUCCGCUGUGCGACCGCGCCUGCAGCUACUGGAAGCUGAGGUCGGCGUGUGGCACGGCGCGAGCCAGCCACCUGUUUGACAACCCGGCCACUGUCUUCUUCUCCAUCUUCAUGGCCCUCUGGGCCGUUCUCUUCAUGGAGCACUGGAAGAGACGACAGAUGCGACUCAACUAUGUCUGGGACCUGACAAACUUCGGAGAGGAGGAGGAGGAGGAGCAUAAGGACCACAACCGAGCGGAGUACGAGUUCCGGGUCAUGCAAAAGACAAUGAGACAGGAGCAUUCCACCCCGGAGGAUGAGAAGGUGAAGCUGACCUGUACCGACAGAUUGCCAGCUUACCUGACUACCGUGGUGAUGAUGUGCUUCAUGAUCGCUGUGACGUUUACCAUAGUCUUCGGGGUCAUCCUCUACCGGAUUAGCAUCAAGGCAGCGCUACACAUGAGCACCUACCCUGCAGCGGGGUACAACGUCAGAGCUACCGUCAAGACCACCGCCGCCAUCAUCAACCUCAUUGUCAUCAUCAUCAUGGAUGAAGUCUACGCCGCCGUCGCCCGCUGGCUCAACACAAUGGAGGUUCCAAAGACGGACAAGAGCUAUGAAGAGCGCCUCAUCUUCAAAACCUUUAUCCUGAAGUUUUGCAAUGCAUUCACACCCAUCGUCUAUUUGGCCUUUUUCAGGGGCAGGCUUGUUGGGCGGCCCGGGAACUACCUGUAUGUCGUUGGAUCGUACAGAAUGGAAGAGUGUGCCCAUGCAGGCUGCCUCAUGGAGCUGUGCAUCCAGUUGUGCAUCACUAUGCUGGGCAAGCAGCUCAUCCAGAACAACCUGUUUGAGGUUGGCAUACCGAAGCUGAAGAAACUGUUCCGGAAGAGGAAGUCGGACUUGGAGGAGGAGGUGAACAAAACGCUGCAGCGCCACGAGAAAGACCACAUGCUGGGCCCUUUCGUUGGCCUCAGCCCAGAGUACAUGGAGAUGAUCAUCCAGUUCGGGAUGGUGACUCUUUUCGUGGCGUCCUUCCCUCUGGCUCCGCUCUUCGCUCUUCUGAAUAACAUCAUCGAGAUUCGCCUGGACGCCAAGAAGUUUGUCAUGGAGCUGCGCAGGCCGAUUGCAGGGCAAGCCAAAGACAUUGGCAUCUGGUACAACCUCCUGAGAGGCCUCAGUAAGGUAGCAGUCAUCGUCAAUGCCUUUGUCAUCUCCUUCACCUCGGACUUCAUCCCACGGCUGGUCUACCAGUACAUGUACAGCCUGGAUGGCACCAUGCACGGCUUCAUCAACCACACGCUGUCUUACUUCCAAGUCAGUGACUUCCAGCCGGGGACAGACCCUCUCCAGCCGAUGCACCUGGGCUACAAGGUAGACAUCUGCAGGUAUAAGGACUACAGAGAACCUCCCUCGUCCAGCACACCGUAUGAACUGUCUAAGGAGUUCUGGGCCAUCCUGGCAGCCCGCCUCGCCUUCGUUGUUGUCUUUCAGAACGUGGUGAUGCUGAUGAGCGACUUUGUGGACUGGCUGAUCCCUGACAUCCCCAAAGACAUCAGCCUCCAGAUCCACAAGGAGAAGAUCCUCAUGGUGGAGCUCUUCAUGAAGGAGGAGCAGGGCAAAAGGCUUGCGGCGCGCGACAACCUCAACCAGGACAACUACCCCUCCCCCUCGUCGGCCAAUCGGAGCCCGUCGCAGCCCCGUUCGCGGCCCGCCACGCACGCCGUGGUCUGGGAGAGCAAAGAGGAAGAAGCGAACACAGCACCCGAGUACGAACCGUAAACUAGUUAAUCCGCUGCUUAAAGCCCGGCUGUUAAAAGGUUAAGACGGCUAUCCAUAAACACGUGAUCAGUUAUUAAUAAUUGGCAAAGCUGACAGUAAAAACUGAAAAGAUGACAUGUUCACGUUAGAAUUCCUUCGCAUUAAAAACAGGUUGUUUGCUUCCUUUUAACAUUUCUCCCAAUGUUAAGUCAGACAUCGUCAAUUUAAAAAUCCAACGACUAUACUCAAAAGAUUUAUGAUCAUGACGCGUUGUUUAUUAUUGUACUGUAUUUGAGGGGAACAAGCCAAACCCCACCUGCAAGCCAACAUGAAUAAUAUAAUCCUGUUUUCAAUCAGCAAGUUCAUACCUGCCACCUCUCCCACGGGACCUGAAUGCAGUUUUCGUAUUGAAGUCAGCCUCCGUCCAAAUGGUCCCGCUGAGAAUAGUUUCCUCCUGAUACCGUACUAGUGAGACACGACUCAAGAGGAGGACCUCUCUCCUGCCGUAAAACCCAGAAGCCUUUUUUUUUUUUUUUUUUGCACAAUUAUAUAUACGAACGCAGGUAUUUAAUGAUGUACUUUUUUGAAUAUGCAACAUGGUCGUCGGUUUGUUGGGAUGAAUGGCAAGGAUCUGGAAGACCUGCUGUGUCGAGCGGCCUGUUGAUUUGUACUAUUGUCUUGUUCACGAGCACCACUUUGCUCGUUGUUACAUUUGUUACAUUUGUGAGUGUGAACACACUACCUAACCGUGCUCACUGGCAUUUAUUCCUGGAAGCACAAGUCACAUUAUUAUUCAUUCCAAUUGAACUGGAAUUAUUGAAGCUGCAAUUGGUGAGAUUUACAGCACAAACACAAAGUAAUGUCACGCUCAGUCUCACCUCCUUAAGUGUUUCUUAAAGCUGUACUAACCGAUUUCUAUUUAUUUAUUUUUUUUGCCACUCGGGGGCAGCAGAAGUUGAAAAACACAACACUUGCAUAUUUUCACCAAAUGAAGUGACUACUUGCAAACAAUUAUUUACACAUCCAACAAAGAGCAAAGUAAAUGUUUCUGGCCACCCGAUCCUGUCCUUAUAGUUUAAGCAGCUGAAGAUGUUUUUCUCUGGCUCUUUGAUUGACUUGCAUUAAGCUAAAUAACUCCCUCUGUCUGCUCUUUAGUGCUGAGUAGAUAGUGUACAGCAGGUUAAGAGAGAAAACAUCUACCUGCGGCUGGAAACAACAAUUCUCUGUUAUGGUAAUGUAGUCUAUUUAUAUUUCUUUAACAUUAUUAGCUGCUAUAAUUAACAGGACUCCAAACUAAUGCUAAUGUCGCUUUGUGUCUGCUGGAUGUGAGAAUGCAACUGUUUGCUAACAAGUUCACCUCAUCGACUUAAAGGGUAACUUUGGUAUUUUUCAACCUGGACCCGAUGUUCCCAUGUUGUUGUGUCUAAGUGACUAAUGAAGACAACCAAAUGGGUCCAGUAUUGAAGGAGAACUCUGCAGACGCUAAACGGGCUGCAACAUAAUCGCUCGGGGCAGCUCUGCAAUGUCAAUGUACGUUCACUAAAAGAGCUUGUUUUUGCCACUGAUAGAAUGCUCAGAAUGUCUGAUAACAUUAUGGACAGAACCCUACAGAGAAAUAAAACAUUUUCAUUUUGGUCUGAACAAAUUUGGCUCAAGGAGAAGUCUCGUUCUGCAAUCUCGCGUCACGUCCACAUUGUCGACAUCAGCGAAACAAUCAGCCGCCACAUUGAAAAUCUUUGAGCUAACACUUAGCUUUCUGUACUCAUCGAACUCUCAUUCACGUUUCCUCUAGUGAGAUGUCAGAGCGAGACUUCUCGAGCGAGACGUGGUGAGACACGAUAACAAACAGACCAAAUGAAGCAAGUUAAAGAAAACUUAACUUUCUCUGUAGGAUCCUUUCCAUAAUGUUGUCAGGUACUCAUAAUAACAAUCUGGGCAUGUCAGUGGCAAAAGCGAGCACUUACGUACAAGACGUACAUUGCCGGUGUAGAGUUGCCCCGAGCUGCUGCCAGCGGCAGCGUUCUCCCUCAAUACCGGACUAACUUCACAAACUGCUGUCCCCGUUCGUCACGUAGACACAAAAACAUGGGACAGUAGGUUCAAAAUACCAAAGUUACACUUUCAAAAGCUAUGACAUGUCAGUGUUGUGCUUUCAUCUCGUGUCUGCAGCCCCCUAGUGGCCACAAAAUCAGUCAAUGCAUGUUUAAGUAACUGCGAUCAAAGUCCAGCAUUUACUCUUUUUUGCCUCACUGCGUUUUGGAUCAUCUGUAAAGCGGAGCCGUUUACUGAUGUCAACUCUCAGAGUUUCCUCGAACCAAAUCAACGUCAUUCUUGACAAAAUUCUUUGUCGGACACUUUUUAACUACCGAUGGGUAAUGUUGGCUUUCGCAGCUUUGAAGAGCCCAGAAGAUGACGAGUAAAUGUUUUUCUUUUAAUUUCAUUAAAAAAAACACAAAAGCCAUUCACACCUUCGCAUAUCGUCGAGAUGCUCAGCUGUAUUUAUUAGAGGGUUUAGAUUUGUUGUGCACUAAAAAUAAAUAAUCUUAAAAGUGUAGCGGUACAAGUAUGUGCAUGCAGCGUGUGCCGUCAGGAAACUGCAUCUUGGGACAAAUGGGAUUGAGGAAUCUUGAUCUUCUUACUUAAAGGGACUAAUUUUCAACUAAUUUUGUAGAGCAACUCUCUCACCCUGCCUUAUAUUCUCCUCUCUGGCUCGUUUGAGUUUUCCAAACGUCAUACGAAGAGAUACAAGUCAAACCAGGACAGGCAACACUGUUGCCAUUCGCCAUUUUCAAGCACAAAAGAUUGAAUAAUAUGUUGUUUUGUAUUUAUCAAGCUGCAAAUACGUGGGAGUGACUGGAUACUACUUUGAAGAACGUAAUAGUGCUGCGGACUGAAAGAUGGAGUCACAUGCACAGUCUGCACGCAUCAAUGUGUCAAAUCCUGCCUCCCCCGCUGUAAAUACAUGAAUCUACCCCAGAUUUAAGCGCUCAACCCAGACUGGUAGAAUGUAUUAUUCUUAUUAUUUUUUUAUUGCAGUGAAGUAUAAUCACUGUAAGGUCAAAAAUGUUCGAUAUCUGUUUUUUCUAAUUUCAUGACAAUGCAUUUCUAAGUGCAUUUAAUGUGUUGAAAGGGUUUUUUCCGCCCGCAAGGUACCAGUGACUGAUACUUUGUCCUAGUGUCUUCAUUUUAAUUCAUUAUUCUAUGUUCUAGAAGACAUCACUAUGGACCUAUUAUGCUGUAUCUGGAGGGAAGCCAGACCACAAAGACAUUUUUAUCACAAAAGGACAGUACUUCUUUCUGGGAUGUGACUUGCUCUUUUGAGAAAAAAGACUUUUCCUUCGACUAAAUCUUAUACUCCGUGUGUACGUAGGGUUAGCGUUGAUAUUCAGUGAUAGAUAGACGAGUUGCCUUGGGGCCGCGGAGCCUGUGUCGGCUACAGCAUUGUUUUUGUCCUCCGAAUCUCUUGCAACCUGAUGUCACAUGAUAAAACACUGCAAGUUGUGACAUGCCUAAUAUCUAUUAAUAACAUAUGUCGAAGCACAUUUCAUGGGUGAGUGUUUAUGCAUGUAUAACCGAUUUGUCCGUGUCUGAUAUUUUGAGUCUUUUUUUUUGUUUUGUUUACGCUAGCUGCAAAUAAAUGAGAGAACUACCUGGA